UUGCCAUUGGAGAUUUGGCUUCUAUUUCAGGCCGAUAUAUGUUCUGCCGUGACGUCAGCUGUAUUUGACUGUCCGUGAAUCUGCCCAGCGAGUCAGACUUGGAUCCUAAACCUCGGCUGAACUAACACAAGUGUUGAUAUUUACCAGAAGCUUUGAGAGUCAUGUAGGUGAGAGGGUGCGGUGAAGUCAUCCUUCGGACGUCGGUGUCAUGGAGACAGACAGUUUCUCUGAUGUGUGUCGCCUGGCUCUCCUGGUACUCAACGGAAUAGCCAUAACUCGAUUAUUUACAGACAUCCGUCAUAUAGCUGGGUUGAUGCCGUGCUGCAGGUGAAGAGCGUCGACUUCAUCAUCAUGGGGUCGUUGAUGUCCACCCUGGAGCCUCUCCUGGACUUCUCCAUCACGAAGCUGGACGCUGCUGACGUGGCCAGGGCGAGAGAGCUGUACGCGGACACCAGUCUGUUUCUUCUGAUCGCUGGACCGGUCACUCUCCUGGUCAGCCUGUUUGGCUUCUUCGGCGCCCGACAGAGUAAACGCAUAUCCCUGGCCUUGUACAUUCUGCUACAGGUUAUCCUUAUCAUCAUCGUCGUUGUUUACAGCAUCGUCCGCAUGCCGACCCCCUUCCAGAACCCGGACAACAAGUGGCAGCAACUCUCCAGCUUCCUGCUCGCCUCCAUCAUUCUGGUGUGUGCAAUACAGGGCAUAACCGUCUUCCUGUCCGUUGUGGUCAUCUCGUCCCUGCGCGAGCAUGAGAAGGUUCACCCAACACCACGUGAAGGUAACGUGACAGACAAAUCUCAGCGUCCCCCGCCAAGCUUCAGACGGAACAGCUACCGGUAGCCGCCAUGAGCUGGGCGCCCACUUCACUUCAUCAACAAGUCCACGGAAUCAGAUAUGGCGCAUCUUCCCGAGGCAUGGGAGUUAACUGACUGUAAAAGUCCAGUUUCCACCCUUGCCGAACAAGGCUGCAAUUAUGGAGUUGUAUUUUGGCUGGACUAACGAGUCUAUGCAUAGUCCAAUCAAAACCGCGUUACGAACUAGACAUCCGGUUCUUAAACAACAUGGAUUUCAACGUGCAUAUUUCGGUCGACUGCAGGACUUGUAAUUGGUGUGUAGCGUAAACUGGGCGACAUUCUCAUUAAAUCAGAUCCAAUAAGUUCUCGCUGUCGCUUAACAAAGAUCUGAGGACAUCCCAUUACGGGUCACGUUAAACGACCUUUUGCGAUCUUUGACCGACCACUGAAACGAAUAACAAGAAGUCGAUAUCAGCCAAUGAGAAAGCAGCUUUCUCGAGCUUUAGGGCACUCGUUCUAACCUUUCGACUUCCAUUUCAGACUACGCUUGAAAAAUAUGUUGACACAGUUCUCGAUUAAAAUUUUGAAAACUGAACAAACGAACACUCCGGAAUGUCUAAUGUCGUUUACAUGUGUAUCCCUAGAGAUAGACGUUUAACGAUUUCGAGGUUGCAUGAUUAGAAAACACAUUCUGACUGUCACUUUCAUGAUCUGGUAAGCGACGCUUUGAUUGGUCGGAUGAAAAUGUCGUUCUUACGUGACCCGUAAUGACAUAUAUUUUCCAAAUCUUUAAUGAAGGUGCUCACGUGAUUUGAUGCACUUCGUGGGGUAAGACUCGUGUUAUUACAAAGUAUAUCUUAAUCAUCGAUCAGAUCGUCUUGACUUGACCGCCAAUUUGUUUGAAGCAAAUGCAAGUGAUAUGAGAGGUGGAAUCUAAUUAUUGGUCAAUUGGAGGGAAUAGAAGGGACACGAGUCGUAAUAGCCACUGUCGGCGCUACGAUCGGGCCCAGAAAUUCCAGCCUAGUUCGGCAAGGGUGGAAACUGGACUUCAGUUAACUCCCUUGCCUCGGGAAGAUGGAUAUGGCUGGAAUGAAAUCACGUGUUAUUCCCUUUGUGUCAGUAUUAUGAGUUAAUUAAGUAUGUUAUUAGAAGACUGCACGGGGUUUCCGUGCUGAAUGGACACGUGUAGACCACGAGGCCGAAUGUGUAUCAAAUCAAAAUACAAAGUACUAUUUUCGGUUACAUAUAUUUAUUUGUGCGUGACACAGAUUUAUCCUCUGACCACCAGGAAUCUCACUGUCGUUGUGAAGUGCUAACUAGGUCAACUGUGACGUCACAUGCUGAUUGCAUUGUUUCUCUGUUGUGUGUAUUCCGAAUGUGUAUCCAAAUUUGACGGAUCAGUGACAAAAAUAAUGUUUGAUGCAAUUCCUUAUUUUAACUAGUGCCAUCAAUUAUGUUCCCGUAUUUUUUCAACACAUGACUUGCCUUUGCGUGUAUUUGUGACAGGCGUCACCGGUGGGGCAGGGUACGCUCACAUUUUCGCCCGGUAUCAUCACUAUUGACAGUGAUUCAUAAACACAUGCUCAUGAUAUAGUCAGAUUCGUUCCCGGGAUUCUGUUUUAGUUGAGAUUUCUUAUGAUUAUGGAAUUAUUUUUGUCGCUUUUAUUUAUAUCUAACUGGGACCGCCUCCGUGGUCUAGUGGUAGAGCGUCCGCCCGGAGAGCGGAAGGUCCGGGGU